CAUCAGUAGUCUAUCCGGAGGGAAAAGAGAUAAUACAUUGUUGUUACGAGUGUCACAUUUAUAGCAUCUGACUCAGUCACUGACGAUAAACAAGAUGAACAAAUACAGGAAGCAGAUGGCAGAGCAGUUCCUGAGUCAGGCCCUGGGCAUCAUCUGCCUGCUGACCGGAGAGGAAUAUGCCAUUGUGAAGAAGAGGUCCUCACACAGCGGCACUCACCGGCUGAGCGGAGAGGUGCCUAUAAAGUGUGAUGACGUUGCCGUGUAUUUCUCUAUGGAGGAGUGGGAUUAUAUAGACGGACACAAGGAGCUAUACAAGGACGUCAUGAUGGAGACUCAGCAAGCACUAAGGACUAUGGAGAUCCCAGGAAACAAGAGCUCAGUAUCAACAGGUCACAGUGAUGAGAAUCUAAACACAGCUCAGAGAGAAGAGGAUAAUCAGCCAGAGCAGACCCCAUCAGACGUCUCUGCAGGUGACAUUAGUGCUGACAUAGCUGAUCAGACAGAAGAUUCGCGUGUAACGUGUCAGCUGGAAGCUACGGAGCAGGAAAUGUGUGACAGCGACAGUACAGGUGACUUUAACACUGAACAAACAAAUGAUCUGUAUGUAAUGAAACAACUGGAAGCUGUGGAGCAGGACCUUUGUGACAAUAUUACUACAGGUGAUGUUAAGACUGAAUUCACACUUAAUGCUGAACAAACAAAUGAUCUGUAUGUAAUGAGUCAGCUGGAAGCUGUGAAGCAGGAAAUCGGUGACGAUAUCAAUACAGAUGCAUUCACAAACUGCAGUAAUUCUAGUCACGGUCAGAGUUCUUCCAAUCUUCUUCAAAAUCAAAAUAGCGACAGUUUGGAAUUUGGGGAAUGUUUCACCAGGAAAUCGAAUCUUAUUAGACAUCAGAACGUUCAUACGGGAGAGAAACCAUUUUCAUGUUCUGAAUGUGGGAAAUGUUUUACUCAGAAAAGUACUCUUGUUAAUCAUCAGAAAAUUCAUACAGGAGAGAAGGUAUUUUCUUGUCCCCUAUGUGGAAAAUGUUUUCUCACGAAGUCAGACCUUGACAGACAUCUGAGAAUUCAUACAGGAGAAAAGGCUUUUUCAUGCCCUCAGUGUGGGAAAUGUUUUACUCAAAAAUCACACGUUACUGAUCAUAUGAAAACUCAUACAGGAGAAAAGGCAUUUUCAUGUCCUGAAUGUGGGAAAUGUUUUGCUCGAAAAUCAGAUGUUAUUAGACACCAGAACACUCAUGCAGGGGAGAAAUCAUUUGUAUGUUUUGUAUGUGGAAAAUGUUUUGCUUGGAAAUCAACUCUUAAGACGCAUCUGAAAAUUCAUACACACACAUGAAAUGUCAUACAGGAGAAAAGGCAUUUCUUUCAUGUAAUUAGCAAGAGUCCAUGAGCUAGUGACG